AUGAGACCAUCGAGUUUGUUUUCACUACGCCAUGGGGUACACCAAUGGUCCCAACAUCAUGACCUAGAGUUGGUCGCAGUGGUCUUUGCUUUGAAGAUUUGGAGGCAUUAUCUCUUUAGGGAAAAGUGCUACAUUUUCACUGACUACAAGAUCCUCAAGUACCUGCUUACCAAGAAUGAGUUGAAUCUGAGACAUCAUCGUUGGGUCGAAUUGCUUAAGGAUUAUGAAUGUGUCAUAGACUAUCACCCCAAAAAAGCUAAUAUAGUGGUUGAUUCUUUGAGUCAUAACUCGAUGACCGACCUCCGAUCAUUGUUAGCUAGGAUAAGUUUGACUUUAAAUAGAGGUUUAGUUGCAGAACUCUGGGUUGAAUCGGAGUUAGUUAGGGAACUGAAAGAGCUACAAGCGACAAACGAACGAUUAAUGGCUAAGGCAGAGCGAGUCCGUCGAGGCAAGAUUUUGGAGUUUGAUUUGAAAGAUAGGGACGUGUUGUAUUUUUUAAAUCGACUUUGUGUGUCAGCUAAUACGAAAUUGAAGGCUAGGAUACUUGGUGAAGCCCAUUAUAGUCCACUUUCUGUGCACCUCCGAGGUGACAAGAUGUACAAACAACGAGUAAAAUCGAAACAUCAGGUUCCCUCCGGUUUACUUUAG